ACUUAACAGGAUCCGAUUUUUGAAUUUCCCUUUAUUUGAUUUUUAAAGAAUGUUUUUCGAAAAAUAUUCAAAUUCGAGGUGCUAAUAGAAAUGAACUAUCUAAGUUUUUUUACUUUAGCAAAAGAGAAAUUUAAAAAUCGGAGCCUGUUAAGACCUAGCCUUACAUGUCUCCUAUAUAAUAAAAAAAAAUUAUCACUUCCAUGUCGAAUCGUUAUGGAGAAAACCUGUCCGCGUAAACUGCAUGACAAAAAACCUGAUUUUGAGAAAAACGAAAAAUAAGUUUUUAAAAACCUUAUUUUUUUCAAUAUGGGGGUUCGGAAAAACCUAUGUAAUAUCCUUAAAUCUCAUGACAAAAUCAAUCAACUAUAGUGCAUUCGAGAGUAGACAUUUAGCUCUAUCUAAUGAGUUAUAAAUCACAAAAUCGAUAAAUUUGACCAAAAUUGACUUUUCUGAGGGGAGGGGGGGGGCCCAUGAAGCACAUUAGCCAUAUGUUAUUCGGAUGCAGUUAAUUAAGUUUGAGUUGUCAGCAGAGUUAUUGAUAAAUUGAAAGAUCAAAUAAAACAAUAUGAAAUUUUUCAUUUAUUUAUCUAGAAGCUUUCGACAAUUUUUGUAUGAUCAUCACUUUCAAAGAAAACCGUCUAAGUGAUGAAAAAAGUUAUGUUUCAUUGAUUCAAGUAAAUAUACGUUUGUGGGAAAAAACCAACUAAGUGUGAAAAAGUGACUUUUUUCGUUACCAUUUGGCUCUUCAACAACGAAGAUAUUACAAAGCAAGAUUUUGAGAGGUUUCACAUUGACGAUGAGAAAUUGUAUAUGUAUAUCGAUGUGAAGCAAUUAUUCUUUUGUCUAUAUAAAUCACCAUCUAUAAAAAAGAACUAUUAAAGUGAAUCGAAUUCUCAUAGCUAUUGAUCGACAGAAACAAAAAAAUUGACUUGUCAACAAGUCCUAUUCGAUUUAAACAAAAUCCCUUCGUUUUUGUCAUUAAACUCAAGAGUGUCCAGAAGCAGUCAGAAAUGGAAGGAAUAUCCAUGCGGGUAUAGUGGGUAUGAGCUGAGAGUAGGUGUGAGUGCAAGCAUGGGUGUGUGAGUAUAGGGUCUGGGCUAUGAGAGGUAGAAAAGGAGGGAAAAACAAGACUUCAAGUAUUUCUAAAGCACGAUUAAAGUACUUGAAGUCUCGGUUUUUCCCUCUUGACUCACAUCUAUCCACACCCGAAAAUUGAUGAGGUUUUGAAGAUAAAGGUCAGCAUCGAAAACAAAAACGUUUUGUAGAAACUGACAAAACUUGAAAUUCUCUAUCAAUUGGUUUCCUUUGUUCUCAUUUUAGGGCAAACCUCUCGGUUACGAAAUGCAAAUUACUAGAAAGCUUAUAAAUUUAUUUUUGAGUAGCAAAAAUUAUUUUAAUUAUGAAAAAUCUAUAGAGACAGACGAACAUAUUAAAUAGAUUUUAAUAUAUAAUUUAAAAUAGAAUGCAUUUUAUUGUUUUACAAUUCAAUGGAUAAUACAAAUAAUUUUAAUUAAAUAAAUAUAUUUUUUAUAGAUAAAAGUAGUCCAUAUCGCAUUAUUAACAACGAUGAAAAUAAAAUCAACUGAAGUUUCAAAUGCUGCCAAUGCAUAAAUAUGCUAUUACGUGAUAUAAUGAUGAAAAAUGUUUAUAAAGAUUUUGAAAAUCCAGAAGAUUAUUCAAGUAAACUUUGUAGUAAUUUUUUUGUUCAUUUUAUUGACAGUUCUUGUAGUUACUGAUUUCAAUUCGAUUGUACGUGUUUUUACUGAUCGACGAACUUUACGAACUGUUUUAAUGAUUUAUAAAUGACACUCAAACAAUGAUAAAAUUUUUGUUUUUUUCUGUUUUGCUGUUGCCUUUUUUUUCCAAAUCAGUCAUAUUUGACUACUAUGAUCAUCUUGAUAUGUAUAUGAAAGGUUUUUUCUUUGCUAAGUGAAAGUCUCUCAGUUUAUCUUUAACUUGUAGAUGGUAAAUUAUCAAAAACCUCUAAGAUUAUCAUCAAAAAAACCGGGGUUUUUACUUAGUAACAAACGAAAUUUUACAACAAAUACCUGAAAUAAAACAAAUUGAAUUUUUCAACAUACAAAUGUAUCAUUAUUGAUUAAUGAAAAUGUUGUAUAUGAUGUACAUGUUUGCAGAGAACCAAUAUUUAAUAAAUUUGUACUGGAAGAUAAUUCUUAUCAUCAUUCAGAUGAAGGUAAAGAUGAUAUGCCAGCACAUGCAAAAUGUUCAUUAAUCGGUUCAUCAAUUAAUAUUCUUAUUAUAUUAAGACAGUUGCAUUGGGUGAUUAAAGAUAAAGCUGAAUCUUGGACUGGUCAAUAUUUUCAUGAAAUAAUUUUGACUGAACACGUGUUUCCAUUCUUAAAAAAUGAAGAAAAUGUUAUCGAUCCCGAUGAAGUUAUAUUUAUCCAUGACAAAGCACCAUGUACGCGAGCAUAUCAGACCCAACAUUUGCUUCAAGGCAAUGAUGUUAAAUUUUGGGGUAAUGAUAUUUGGCCAGGAAAUUCACCCGAUCUCAAUGUGGCAGAACAUAUUGGAACAAUAAUCAAGGAUGAAGUUGAAAAAAAGAUGUUAUCAGAACCUGGACAUUCUCGUUAUCUUGAAGAAACACUCAAAAUGCACAUUUUAGAUGUUUUGAAUAACAUGGAAACCGACACUGAUUUAUUUAAAACUCUCUUAUGUGCGUAUCCAUCUAGACUACGUGCAGUAAAGAACGCUAAUGGUCGUCACACUGACUAUUGA